AUGUUAGUCAAUGGCGUUUCCAUAGAGUCCGACGUCGGGGUAAAUAAUGAACUUUGGUUUGAUGAGAACACAUCGCACAACGAAAUGAUAGAUGUCAACUAUAUUAAAAGGGAAAAAUUAUUUGGCACUCUAAGGAGACAAACUAACUCAACCUACUCCAACUCGAAAAAAGCUGCCACUAGAAAAGUCAUAUACCUUGAAAUCGCUAGCAAAGGUGCCGACGAAAUAGUGAGGCUCACUUGGGGUGAAUAUCGCUAUGCCGCUAAAAAGCAGCGAAAUCUAAGGUCAAGGGCAAUGACAACUCGAGAGGUCUUUGAGAACCUUCUAAAUCAUGGCAGCAAGUAUCCAAGAUCGCUGAUACCAUAA